AUGGGAAAAAUUGGUUGCACCAUAGAUGGCAACCUAGAUGACUCGAAAUUCAGCGAGCCGAUGCCAUGGAUCGGUAUCUAUGUUGCAGCAGCAUCAGCAGCUUGUGCACUGGCCAUGGCAAUCGAUGUCUUUAAUGGCUUGCGCCGUAGAAAAUUAUGGUUUCCUUGCUACUUCUUCUCUCUCAAUGCUACAACCUUGACGCUCCUAGCUGUUGCCACCAAGUUGUCUGUUGAUCUAAAUACCUCCAUGCCUCGCCGACAAGACCAGCUGACGAAACUAAGCAGCGGUGCUCUAAUUUGUACGGUAAUUGCAAAUUUUAUGCCUUCUUUAGGUCUCAUGGAGAACAAAGAGCUGUUGAUGAACAUAAUGGCUUUGGGAAUUUUCGUCAUCACGGCCAUUGUGAACAUUGGCAUACAAUUAGCUACUGGUGUUAUCUAUGUUUUCUGGAAAGAGCAUAUUGCCCUCAUGUUUCUUAUGCUUAUUUUACUUCUGCUACUGAUCUCCUCAGCCUUAACAAUACCAACUACGAAGUGUUAUUUGGACCUGAAAUAUAAAAAGAAGUACAAGUUGGCAAAGAAAGAAUGCAACAUCAGCUAUACAUGCAAAACUGAGAAACUGAAGGAUGAGCUGAUGAAAUUAUGGACCAUGGCCUAUACCUGUAGCCCCCACUUUGUGGCAGGGCGCUUAGCAACAUGCACUGCAUCUGGAGGUUUCUGCCUUCUGAGCACAGUAAUUUAUGCUGAAGCCAUGCUUAGGUCUUACUUUCUCCAUUCGAGCUUCAGCUUCUGUAGUGGAGACUCUGAAUACAAGUGGUCCACAACCUUGAUUAUUGUAACUCACACAGUGGCAAUAGGAGUAGGAACUAUUGCACCAGCUUUUAGAUGGUUCAUAGCCAUAAAUUUCCACUGCCCCAAAAAAGCAAAUAAUGCCUGCAAACUCACGUUGUUCAAAGUGGAGAACUACUGGAUCCAUAUACUGCUUAAGUGGAAAGAAUGCCCGUUGGAUUUCAGAGUUUGUGGCCGGCGUGGAAGAAAAUUCGCUCAUAAAGCAAAGAACAAAAUUCUAGAUUUCUGCAUUUGGAUGCAAAUUCUGAUGGUGUCACUCAGUAAGAUAGUUCGGGUCAUUUCCACUUUCUCUGUAAGUUGGUUACUGAUAAGCUCUCAGAAAGCAAUCAGGAUGCUGAAAUGCAACAGUAUAGUGUCGAGUCAUGAUAUAGAGUCACAAGCUAGUCUGAGGCCAGAUCUUAGCCGCUACGUUUUACACCUCGAAGGAGAGGAAGUAUUAAUUGAUUUGAUGCUGCAAAGCAACUGUGAUGUGGUAGGCCACUGGAUAGGGAUGGGGAAAAAGGAGCAGCCUAAACAUCUUCUACAACUUCUGGAGAAAGUGAAGUCAUCAUCUGGAUUCAGGGGAGUGCACGAAUUUGACCAUGCUAAAAUUCCUUCUUUAGACUCGGAAGAACCUCCUAAUUGCUGGGCUCUUCCUAUAGUGACACUGACAAGCAUUGCAAUGGCACUUCCAGACAUUGAUGUCCACUCAAUCAAGGAACUGCUAAGGAGUGUGUAUGAAGGUCUCAUGUACAUGAAAGUUGUUGAAGAGCACCUGGAUGAUAGAAAAGACCUAGUAUACAUCAGGAAGGCAGCAGAAUUAGUGUGGGUAGAAGUUGAUUUAUGCUACAAGUGGCUGGACGUUGACCUGCGCAAAAUUGCCACUGAAGAACAAAAUCCAAAAGGCGUGCUUGAAGGACUCUCUGAGAAAGCAAAACAGAGAUUCGUCGAAUUCAAAAAGAAAGAUCCGAACUUUUGUUUAAAAGAAUCACCUUCAAAAUGGCCUACCAAUAUGUUGGCAGCAAACUGUAUGUAUAGAGUAUGUCAAACUCUUCUGCAAAGUUCUGAUAGCAAAGUGUUUGAGAACGGCAAAACCAUGUUUGACCGAUUGUCAACCAUGAUUGCGGAUAUAACAGGUGCUUGUCUCACCAACCUUGAUAGAGUUAUAUCCAUGCAGUGCCACCAUGGCACAAUUGAAGAGAGAGCAGAAGGCGUCCGCUCUGCCGUCUUACUUCUGGGGAAAGUAGAGAGUGUUCUGCAUAUUCUUCGUUCACAGACUCUCCCAAGUUCAGCACCAGAUCAAUUGGGAAAAAUUGACCAUUGGCGUAUACAUGGCAAAGAGGUAGACUACCUCUCCUGCAGUAGUAAUUCACCCUCAAAUUGUACUCCAACUUCGCAAAGUUCAUCUGACUUGUAUCUAACUGUGGACUAAGAAGCAGAAAGUGGAAAAAAGAAAAGACACUGCUUAACUAUUAUCAUCAUAAUAGAAUCAUAUUUGUUCCUUUUUAAUUUUUAUUUUUAUAACAUACAAGCAGAAUUUAUUUGUUUCA